CGCGACCAUUGAACCGCUGCUAGUCAGUUAUCGUACGACACUCGACGGUUGACAACGCCGAAUCUCAGGUGUUACACCUGGCACUGCUCCACCAAUGGGCUACGACGACGUCAUCACCCACCUGGGUGAAUUCGGACCGUAUCAAAAGCGCAUCUACUACCUUCUCUGCCUGCCGGCCAUCGUCUGUGCCUUCCACAAGCUGGCCGGGGUGUUCCUGCUGGCCAAACCCGACUUCCGAUGCGCCCUGCCAUACGAAAAUGGCAGUGCCUAUGAACUAUCGCCCCACCUGUGGAACCUGUCGUAUCCGCCGAAUGAGAGGUGCUCCUACUACGAUGUGGAUUACACGGAGGAAUACCUGAAUGGCAGCAUUCCACGGAGCACCAACGAAACCAAGACCUGUUCCAGCUACGUUUACGAUCGGAGCAAGUAUCUCAAUAGUGCCGUGACCGAGUGGGACAUGGUCUGCAGCCGAAGCCUGCUGAGUGCCACCAGUGAUUCGCUCUUCAUGCUGGGCGUGCUCCUGGGCAGCUUCAUCUUUGGCCAGAUGUCCGACAAGCUGGGACGCAAGCCCACCUUCUUCGCCUCGCUGGUGCUUCAGCUAAUCUUCGGCGUUUUGGCUGGCGUGGCACCCGAGUACUUUAGCUACACGAUUUCCCGUUUGAUUGUGGGCGCCACCACUUCGGGAGUCUUCCUGGUUGCCUAUGUCAUUGCCCUGGAGAUGGUGGGCUCCUCGUAUCGCCUCUUUGCCGGCGUGGCCAUGCAGAUGUUCUUCUCCGUGGGCUUUAUGCUCACUGCUGGCUUUGCCUACUUCAUCCACGACUGGCGUUGGCUGCAGAUUGCUCUAACCUUGCCGGGACUGCUCUUCCUCUGCUACUACUGGAUCAUUCCGGAAUCUGCCCGUUGGCUCUUGAUGAAGGGUCGCAAGGAUGAGGCCUUUGUGAUCAUCGGGAAGGCGGCCAAGGAGAACAAGGUGGAGGUGCCCAAUGAAAUCUACGAGCAGCUGGUGGACGAGGUGGCCGAAAAGAAGAAGCAGGACGAGAUGGCCGCCUCCCAACCAGCGGCCACUGUGUUCGAUCUCCUGCGCUAUCCCAAUCUUCGACGGAAAACCCUGCUCAUCUUCUUCGAUUGGUUUGUGAACAGUGGCGUUUACUACGGCCUGUCGUGGAACACCAACAAUCUGGGUGGAAACCAAUUGGUUAACUUUUUGAUCUCUGGUGGCGUGGAAAUUCCCGGCUAUGUGCUGCUCCUCUUCACCUUGAACCGUUGGGGUCGUCGCUCCAUCCUGUGCGGCACCAUGAUGGUGGCCGGAGUUAGUCUGCUGGCCACCAUCUUCGUGCCGAGCGACAUGAAUUGGCUGAUCAUUGCCUGCGCCAUGAUAGGAAAGCUGGCCAUUACCUCGUCGUAUGGAACCAUCUACAUAUUCUCGGCGGAACAGUUCCCGACUGUGGUGCGGAAUGUGGGUCUGGGAGCCUCCUCCAUGGUGGCUCGCGUGGGUGGCAUUCUGGCACCCUACCUGAAACUGCUGGGCGAGAUCUGGCGACCGCUUCCGCUGAUCAUCUGCGGAGCACUGUCCCUCACCGCUGGCCUGCUGUCCCUGCUCCUGCCGGAGACCCUUAACAAACCCAUGCCGGAGACCAUCGAGGAUGGGGAGAACUUCGGCAAGAAGCCGGCGCCGCAAGAAGCCGCCGAGGAGGGCGGCACCCAGGAGCUGUCCGGGAUGCUCAACGGAAAGUCGAGCUAAUUGCGAGACGGCGAGCACUUAAUCACUCAAUCUACACUGAUGGCCUCAAUUGGUCAUUUCAACGAAUUUAAGCAUUCAGCGCACUUCCAUUUCUCCAGCGAUGUAUAUUGUACAAUUCAUUCCAUUUUCUCAGCUCUAUUUGUUUACCUUUACAAGCGAUUUAAUAAAAGUCAAGCAUAUUUAAAUCGUA